AUGCCCUGUCGUCUUCUGCUCUGGACAGAUGGCUCCAAAAUGGUGGCAGUAGAGGUGGGAGCAUCCAUGAGAGUCAGUCUACUCGUACUCUGGCUUGGGCUGUCUCUGUCCCUUCCUGGCCUCUCUCAGGCUGGGCUCUCCCAACGCUUUGGCCCUCCAGAAGUGGUGAUCCCCUUGAAGGUGAUCAGCAGGGGCAGAGGAGCAAAGGCUCCAAGAUGGCUUUCCUACAGCCUGCAGUUUGGGGGCCAGAGACACAUUGUCCACAUGAGAGUCAAGAAGCUGUUGGUGUCCACACGCCUCCCUGUGUUCACCUACACGGAGCAGCAUGCCCUACAACAGGAUCAGCCCUUCAUCCCUGAUAACUGCUACUACCAUGGUUAUGUAGAGGGGGCCUCUGAGUCUCUGGUUGUUUUCAGUGCCUGUUUUGGGGGCUUUCAAGGAGUGUUACAAAUAAAUGACCUCACUUAUGAAAUUGAGCCCAUUAGGCACUCUACCACAUUUGAACACCUGGUUUACAAGAUAAAUAAUAAUGAAACACAAUUCUCAUCCAUAAGAUGUGGCUUAACAGAGAGGGAGAUAGCACACCAACGCUUGGAAUUUAAAGAGGCUAAGAAUUCAGCUCCAAAACAGAAUUCUUCUGGGGCCUGAUGGACCCAUGCAUGGUUUCUGGAGCUGGCUGUGGUGGUAGACCACGAUUUCUUUGCUUACUCCCAAAGCAACUUCUCAAAGGUACAAGAGGAUGUAUUUCUUGUUGUCAACAUAGUGGAUUCUAUGUAUCAGCAAUUGGGUACUUAUGUGAUUUUGAUUGGAAUCGAGAUUUGGAAUCAAGGAAAUGUUUUCCCAAUGACAAGCAUAGAACAGGUUCUGGAAGAUUUCUCUCAGUGGAAACGAAUCAGUCUUUCCCAGCUACGGCAUGAUGCUGCACAUAUUUUCAUUAAAAAUUCACUUAUAAGUAUUCUUGGUCUAGCCUAUGUUGCAGGAAUAUGUCGUCCUCCCAUUAAUUGUGGAGUUGAUAAUUUCCAAGGAGACACCUGGUAUCUUUUUGCCAACACUGUGGCCCAUGAAUUAGGUCAUAUUUUGGGUAUGAGGCAUGAUGAGGAAUUCUGUUUUUGUGGGGGAAAAGGUUGCAUUAUGAAUGCUGUAAAAGUGCCAGCAGAGAAAUUCACCAAUUGCAGUUAUGCUGAUUUUACAAAGACCAUUUUAAACCAGGGAUCAUGUCUGAACAGUCCUCCAAGCCUAGGGGAAGUCUUUAUGCUGAAGCGCUGUGGGAAUGGUAUGGUUGAAAGAGAAGAAAAGUGCGACUGUGGAUCUAUACAGCAGUGUGAGCAAGAUCCCUGUUGUCUAUUGAACUGUACUCUGAGGCCCGGGGCUGCAUGUGCUUUUGGGCUUUGUUGCAAAGACUGCAAGUUCAUGCCAUCAGGGGAACUCUGUAGACAACAGAUCAAUGAAUGUGACCUUCCAGAGUGGUGCAAUGGGACAUCCCAUCAGUGCCCAGAAGAUGGAUACGUGCAGGAUGGGACCCCCUGUAGUGACAGUGCCUACUGCUAUCAAAAGAGAUGUAAUAACCAUGACCAACAGUGCAGGGAGAUUUUUGGUAAAGGUGCAAAGAGUGCAUCUCAGAAAUGCUAUAAAGAAAUCAACUCCCAGGGGAACCGUUCUGGCCACUGUGGCAUAAAUGGCACAGCAUACCUAAAAUGUAAUACUUCUGAUAUAUUUUGUGGAAGAGUUCAGUGUGAUAAUGUGGAAGACAUUCCGCAUCUCCAAGAUCAUUCUUUGUUGCAGCACACUCAUAUCAAUGGUGUCACCUGCUGGGGUAUCGACUAUCAUUUAGGGAUGAAUAUACCUGAUGUUGGUGAAGUGAAAGAUGGCACUGUGUGUGGUCCAGAAAAGAUCUGCAUCCACAAGAAGUGUGUCAGUCUGUCUGUCCUGUCUCAAGUUUGUCUUCCUGAGACCUGCAAUAUGAAGGGGAUCUGCAAUAACAAACAUCACUGCCACUGUGGCUAUGGGUGGUCCCCGCCCUACUGUCUGCUAAGAGGCUAUGGAGGUAGUGUUGACAGUGGCCCGGCAUCUGCAAAAAGAAGAGCUUUCUUGCCACUAAUUGUGAUUCUUCUUUUAUUUGUUGUGAUUAUUCUGUUGACUUUUGGGCUUCACGUGUAUCUUCGAAAACAUUCUGGCCCCAGAGAUACUAAGGCACCCUCAUCAGGUUAAGAAAAUGUCUCUAAUUUAAUAUCUCAUGCAUUAUUAAGUCUUAGUCUCUUGGCAGUAGAAAUGUUAGCACAUGCCUGAAACUGAGCAUAUUUUGGGCAGUUUACAGAAAGAUGCAGUGAUCUUCCUUUCUAUCAGUAACAGAAACAUUAAAUACAGGCAAUUCUUACAA